AUGUCAGAUUCUCAUUUAGGGGUAUCUUCAAUGUCUAAAAGCACCUCUAGGUUGUCCAAACGAGAUAGUUCACUUUCACAGAAAAGUUUAUCAGUCCAGUCAAGCAUAUCAGGACCAGAUAGUGAGGCCACCUUGGUGGAGGUGAAUCCUUUGGCUGAAGUUUUAACUUUUGAAUACUCUUUUGGUUACGACUGUCAGCAGCCUUUUAAUCUCUGUGUCGUGGACGAAAACACGUUGGUGUACUAUUCUGGAACCUUGAUUCAUAUAUUUGACCAUUCAACAAAAACAUUCUUAUUCAAGAGAAGUUACAGUGGUAGUGGAAUCGGCCACGUUGUGAAAAGUCCAACGGAACCUCAUCUGGCUGUCGGUGAAAAAUGUGCUAAGCCUCUGAUUGUGAUUUACGAAUGGCCAUCUUUUAACAUAAUAUCCAAAAUGGCCGGUGGGACAACACGUGGAUAUUCCCAUCUCGCGUACAGUCCCGAUGGAACCAUGCUUGUGUCCCAGGGAAGUGAGCCAGAUCACCUGAUUACUAUUUGGGACUGGAAGACCUCUCAAAUAAUCCUUCGUGUUAAAAGCCACGGUCAAGACGUAUUUAAUGUUGAGUUCUCACAGUUUGUACCGGGUCUACUGACUUCCUGCGGCCUGGGACAUAUCAAGUUCUGGAAAAUGGCUAAAACCUUUACAGGUCUGAAGCUCCAAGGAGAACUCGGCCGAUUCGGUAAAACUGAGCUCUGCGACAUCAAUGGCAUUUAUGCAAUGCCAGAUGAAAAAGUAGUAUCAGGUAGCGAAUGGGGUAAUCUGCUGGUCUGGGAAGAUCGCCUAAUCAAACUGGAAGUGAAACAGAAAGCGAAAGGCAACUGCCACAACGUAGACAUCUCGCAGAUACAUUACAAUGCUCAAACUGACGACAUAAUAUCAGUCAGUAAAGAUGGUUGGAUCAAACAGUGGAACAGAGUCACAAUUGAUACCGCUGAUCCCUCGGAUGACGAAGACUGGUAUUUAGAAAUGCAACCUUUGUUAGAGGUCUUGGUAAAAGAUGAUCUUGGAGAAGCCAAAAUUAUUUCACUCAGUAAAAAGAAUUCAAAUUGUGAAGACUAUGAUUGGUUUGGACAAGAUGGGAAUGGAGGAAUAUGGUCCAUUAGCCUGAAUGCUGAGGGUCCUCUACCUAGAAGGUUGUUCGUCUGUCAUGCAGGCUCGGUGGCAGCAAUGGCUACAUCUCCUGUUGGCCAUUAUCUGGCUACUCUCGGUAGUGACGGAUGUCUUCUAAUUUAUGAAACUAUUACAAAAAAUCUUUUGGCUCGCAGACAUUUUAGUGCACCAGGAACAGCUUUGAUAUGGUUACCUGUACACGUAGAAGCUACUGGGGCAGUUUUAGUCGGUGGAUUUGCCGAUGGAAUGUUGCGGAUGAUUGUAGUCAGUUUACGAGAAGUUGAAAGAGCUCUUCGUAAUGGUAACUCUUUCUCCCAAUCUCCAGACACGGCUACAAGUAUUAAUAUUAUACAGAGGGUGAAAUCUCACACCGCCCCGGUGACAGUAGUUGGCCUUAAUCCUCGAGGUAAUAUACUCGUCUCUGGGGGUAAAGAUUGCACGAUUUUCAUCUAUCAAAUUCUUCCUAAACGAGAGUAUAUUGUACUCCUUCCUGUAGGCUACUUACAACUCCCUGGUCCAGUUACUCACAUUACCUGGAGACCAAAACUAGCUGCAACUGCGCUUGUCGCUUGUGCUGAUGGAAGUUUAACCGAAGUUGGGCUACCAGAAAAAAGUACUAAUGAAAGUAGUGUUACAUUUGACCUUCAUUUGGCUAAGAAAACCAUACACUUCCAAAGUAUCAAGUCAGAGCUUAUUCGUUCUCAAGAAUUAAAAGAUAUUGAAUCUAAGAAGGCAGCGAAAACAGUAAAAAAACAAGAAGAGCUAGAAAAACUUAAGGAGGAUAAUCCAAAUCUGGAUAUUGAUGAAGAAUUAUUCCUAUUGGAUUCCGAUGAUGAGGUGGAAUUCCCUCCACUCUUCUAUCCAGAAACCCCUAGCCCUAUACUUUUUGUGGUAAUGCUACCAUCUGAUAACUUUUUGCUCUCGAUGGGUGGCUACGACUGUGGGUUUUUGUACGAAUAUAAUUUGGAGAGAUCUGGUUCUGUAAACAGUAUUCCAGUUCCUAAUGCAAUGAAUACACCUCUUCUCUGCUUUACCAAUCUAUGCUCAGGGCAGAUAACAGCAUUUGGCAUGGCUAACGGAGUUGUUCGCUUGGUAUCUCACAGCAAAGAAAGUCUUGAUAUGCAACAUUUCUUUGAUCUUCCCAUGCAUGAUACAGAAAAUGGAACUAUCAAUCACUUAUGCUCUAGUUCCGAUGGUAAAUAUAUGUUUAGCUGUGGUUCAGAUGGUAACAUUUUCAUGUAUAAUAUAGCUUCUUUACAUCUAGACCAUGGGGAUGUUCAUGAAAACAAUGAGAAAAGAAAGUUUUCUAGGAAGACUUCAGUCAUAUUUGGUCCUGUUCCAAGAGAAGUGGUGUUAGAUGCAGAUGGAAGGCUGGAGAUGAGUCUUGAAGAAACAAAAAUAAAUGCGCAAAAGAUCAAUCUCCUGAAAGUAGCAAAUGAACGCAAAGAAAAUAUUCGUCGUAAGUUGAUACACUUGCAAGUGAAAUUUGAGUACAUACUCGACAAAAACAACUCACUUCCUUUAAGUCAAAAAUUAAAUCACUCAGUAUUUGAAUUAGACUCUCGAAUCACGUCAGCUUUGCAGGAAAAAAUCGCUGAUGAUAUCAAACUGAUGAAUCGUCAGAUGUCAUUCAAAGUGUCUUGUUCACGCUUCCUCGUGAAGAAAAUGCAAAACCACUUUGUUGACAAUAUUGCUUGUCUUGAUGUCACUGUUAGAGCAAUAAAAAAUGAAGAUUUACGCAUAAAAGCUUUUACUCACAAUAAACUUUCAAAACAGUUCUUGGAAGCUGAAUGUGAAUUGCAGCAUGUUUUUGAUCCUCCGACUACAGUCAGUGAUCAUACCUUUGAAAUUGGAUCACAAAAGACUGGAAGUAUUGUAACUGUACACAGGCAGUCAAUCCUUGGUUCCAUGUUUAGAGCUCAGCCUUUCUAUAACAAAUUGACGUUAAAAGCACGUAAAGCAUUAUUCAAACAAGAAUUACGCAGAAAUAAAAGAGACCAGCGUGCUCAAAAGUGGCAGACAUUUUUGGAAUUGAAACCAGAUAUAAACAAAGAUGACCCAAAUGACAUAGCAGAAUACAAAAAAGCUGCCACAACCAUAGGUGAUUUCAACUUAAAAUCAGCGGAAACUUAUAAGGUGCCUCAGGAAAAAAGGAUGACACCAGCUCAAAAAUACUGGCAGAUGAUUCAACUUCAUAGAGAAAUUUACGAGACAAAAGAAGCAUUCAACAAAAAGGUGUGUGAAAUCCGUGGCUCUAAAAUUGCAUUAGUACGCAGAUUCAAGCAGUUGUAUCAUGAUUUGGAUACCAUCCAAGAAGAAAUAGCCCCAAUGUUUAGAAAAGAGAGAUUGCCAAUUCCAAAAUGUUACCUAAAAAAUAAUUUUCCCGAACAUAUAUUUAGACUUGAAUUUGGAGCUGAUCCUCUUGUAUACCACCCUGUUUCUGAGCCAUAUGAUGAGGAGUUCCAUGUUCUACAGAUAAAAGAUUCUGAUCCUGUUUCUACUGAAUUUGAUUUGGAAUCUGCAAGAUCAUCAUUUAUUGAUGACACCAACUCUGACACAGAAUGGGAGCACCAGCUGAAAGUUGUCAGAAUGGUAAAAACUCUUCACAGACAAGAAGCCAUAGUAAGGGAAAUGGAAGAAAGGAUAGAUAAAUUUGAUGAAAAGCUAGAAAAGUUAUGUGUGGACAGACUUAAAUAUGCCCGUGAUAUUAAACUCAUGGAAAUUUUUUACUUAACAUUAUACCAGGAGCUUGUAAUCAUUAACAGCUAUGCUGGUAGAGAACAUAAAAUCACUCAUAAAUUGAACAAUACAAUUCAAAUAAGAAAUGACAAGAUACGUCAGAAAAUCUCAAUUCAAGAUUGUAUUGAUUCAAAACAACAAGAUAUUGCCGUGUUGCAAAUGAAACUUUCAGACCUUCAAGAGCAUGUUUAUGAAAGUACUAUGAAUACCAAUUUUUCAAAAUUCCUGAAUCGUAUCUUUAAGAAAAAAAGAACAUCCAAAACUCAAGAUGAUUCAGAAAGUGAGUCUUCAACAUCUGAAGAUUCGUCAGAGGACGAACUGGGUGAUGAAGAUGAUGAAGACUUCAUACCACUAAAACUGGAUGAAAAUGUCUGUCCAGAAGGAUGUGAUCCUAAUCUAUUUGCAGAUAUUAUAAGCUCUAGAAACCAAAGGUAUGAGAUAGAAGAAAGUAUUUCAGAGUUACAUAAGCAUUUGGAAAAAUACCAGAAAGAGUUACAUGUCUAUAAUGGUGAGUUGUUUCGGUUGGAUACGGAUGCUCAAAACAUUACAGAGGAAUUUGAAGCGGUUCAGUUUGAAAAGCAACAAAAACUAAACGAUGUUGAAACUAUAGUUGUGCUAAAUUUAAGCCAAUUUCGCCACUUUGUAUCAACUAGCCACCCAGAAGAUGGUCUUGUGCGUGAUCCUUUGGUAUUUCAUAGUGAGGCUCUUUUUAAUCUGUCAAACAGAAUAGCUGAGCUGGAGGUGGAAACAGAAGGAGAAAAUCUCAAAAUCAAACAGCAAAAACUCUUGAGGCAACGUUUGAGUAAAAGUUGUAAAGAAAUGCAAGAAAUAACAAAGACCUUGAACAAACAGAUAAAAGAGGAGGUCAUAAAAAAGUUUGGAGAAGAUUUAAAUAUUGAUUUAAUGGAAGAUGAAAUUUUAAAAAAGAUGAUUAAUGAGGCCAGAAGGGACUAUGAAGUUGACUUGCUCAGAAAAAAGUACAACAAAAUUAUGUGGGAGGAAAAAAAAGAACUAUCUCGUCUUACUGAUGAGCUUAUCAGUUUGGAACAAGAAAAUUCCCGGAAAUUAAAACUGCAAACUAUGCUUGAACAUGAAACCUGGAAUUUAAAAGAACUUUUACGAACUCAAGAAAAAAAGAAAGGAAAAGUUAUCACUACCGAUGAACUUGAAAAAUAUGAACUCGAUGUGGAAAAUUUGAAUAAAGUUUUAAAAGAGCAGUUAAAAGUUAAAGAGGAGUUGAAACAUGAAAUAAGGGUUCUUAGCUACAAGUGCACACCACCAGAGGCCCAACAGAGACAAAAGCAAAGGGUGUUAAAACAGGAUGAAGCGGAUUCUGAAAUGACGGGUGUUUCCGAUGAGGUUAAACAGGAACCAAAAGAGUUUGAAGAUAGUACAGGCAUCCUUCAAGAACAUUAUGAAAAUGAGCAAACACAAUCUGAAGACCAUGUUAGCGUAGAAACAUUAUCAACAAUUGAUAACAUCCUGCAUAGACUGGCAUCGGGUAAAUCUGCGUAUGAUGUAGCAGUUUCCAUAGUUGAUGAAUUACUCGAUAUCACUUGUGAUGAGAAAAAAAGGUCAUCUGCUUUGGAUUGUGCUUUGCAAUUGGUUGACCAGCUUAUACGAAUAGCAACAGGGCAAGACUCGGAUGAUGUUUUACUUGUCGAGCAAUAUGCAGACAGUCUUUUAAAAAUGUCAAAAGAUUCAGAGGGAAACAGCAUGAAAUCAAAUCAUUCAAAGUAAAAUGUUUUUGUGUUUAGAUAAAUAAUGCAAUACUGUAAGUAGUUCUUUAGGCUCAAACUUUGUAUUUUGAU